UGAGACAUCUAGCGUCUCCCUGUUGAGUACCGCUUUUCUCACUGUUUUUUCUCCCGCAGGCUACAGAAACCACCGAGCUUCAGCCGGGACAACAGACCGAGCACAGCCCGUGAAACAAGGUGGUAUCCACACCACGGUACGUUCACCGGCUCGGGGAGCUGUAAACAUACACGCUGUGCUGCUUAUCCAUUAUGAAUUUCUUCCUGGAAACAAUCCAAGUCCUCCUGUUGUCCAUCUGGUACAAUGUGGAGUCUUUCAUCCACCUCUUUGUACCCAGGAGGAAGAAGAACGUAGCUGGUGAAGUGGUGCUGAUCACAGGGGCAGGUAGCGGGAUUGGUCGCCUCAUGGCCCAGGAGUUUGCAGCUCUUGGCACUGUGCUGGUGUUGUGGGAUAUUAACCAGGAGGGCAUGAAGGAAACCGCUCAACUGGCUAAACAGAGUGGAGCCAGCAGAGUCCACUACUAUCUGUGUGACUGCAGUGACAAGAAUGAGGUGUACAGAGUGGCUGACCAGGUAAAGCGAGAGGUGGGUGAUGUCAGCAUCCUGGUGAACAAUGCUGGGAUCGUGACAGGAAAGAAGUUCAUGGAUGCGCCUGAUUCCCUGAUUGAGAAGACAAUGGAGGUCAACACUAUGGCUCACUUCUGGACCUACAAGGCCUUCCUUCCUGCUAUGAUUGCCAACAAUCACGGCCAUCUUGUCAGCAUUGCCAGCUCUGCUGGACUCAUAGGAGUUAAUGGAUUGGCAGACUACUGUGCUAGUAAGUUUGGAGCAGUAGGUUUUGCAGAGUCAGUUGGUCUGGAGCUACUGGCAACUGGAAAAGAUGGCAUCAAGACCACCAUUGUGUGUCCGUACUUCAUCAACACUGGAAUGUUCGAUGGAUGUCAAACCAAGUGGCCAUCACUGCUGCCAAUCCUGAAUCCAGACUAUGUAGCCAAGAAGAUCAUCCAUGCUGUGCUCACAGACCAGGUCUACCUACUGCUGCCCAAGAGCAUAUACCUCAUUGCUGCUCUCAAGAAUGUUCUACAGUGGAAAGUGACCUCCUUACUUGGCUCUUACCUGGGAUUGUCAGUCGAAGCAAACUGCCACACUAACCUCAGUCUGCACCGCAAAUUGCACUAACACACAUUCAACGUU